UCCCCUCAGUGCACUGCAGAGAAACGACAGCUCUCGCUGACCACAAUGUCCGGAAGAAAGCCCCGGUCAGUGGCGAACCCUCUGGAGUCUGCUAUUACCACUCCAAGUGAAAGGAUUUUGAAAGAAUGCCACAGUUUGUACGUCGACAGCGAAAACGGCCUGGUGAAGAUUGCCAGCAGCCUCGGAGUUCGCCUCCUGCCUCCGAGGAAGAAGAUUAUCGUGAUGAUAAUGGGAAACCACUCAGCAGGAAAAAGCUCCUUCAUUAACUGGUACGUUGAAGAGCACAUCCAAAAAACUGGUGUCGCCAUAGAAACUCAGGGAUUUACUUUCAUCACCAGCGGACGGAAAAGAGAAUCCUUGACGGGAAAUGCAACGCUACAUCUCUACCCUCAUUUUCGACCCCUCCUAGAUUUCAAAGGUGUCAUGGACUAUCUGCGCGCCGAGAUUUCUACCUCAAAGCAGAAGAAGUUCAGCCUGGUGACAUUCGUAGACACGCCAGGAUUAGUAGACGGAGACAUGAUCUACCCUUUUAAUGUCAACAACGCCAUCACCUGGCUGGGGGAACAAUCGGACCUGAUAUUUGUUUUCUUUGACCCUAUGGGUCAGGCACUUUGCAAACGCACACUUGACAUCGUGGAGAGGUUGAGUGAGAAAUGUGGGGACAAGCUGAUGUUCUACCUCAGUAAAGCUGAUGAAGCUGGGAGGGAAACAGACCGGCAGAGGGUGAUGAUGCAGAUUGUGCAGGAAUUGUGUCGACGUCCGGGUCUCAACAAGUGCGGCUUUGAAAUGCCAACCAUUUACAUACCGAACCCUGAGAAGCCAAGCAGGUGCGUAAACCAGAUCGACAGUGUGUGUCAGACCAUCGAGAAGACAAUAAACCAGGCUGUGCAGAGGACGCUGGACCAGCUGGAGAAGGACUGCGACCUCAUUUGUUGCACCAUUCAAAACAAGCUUCAACAAGACAGGGCUGAUGGUGUCUACAACAGGAGCGUCCGUCUUUACUCGCUCCUGUGUGGUGCCCUGGGUGUGUUCCUCCCUGUCCUCUUCAUCCUCAGCUUUAUUGUGAACACCUUCUCCAGAGAGCAGUUGGCAGAGCUGUGUGGGGAGGGGCCGGCCCAGACCCUCUCGGUGGUCUCGGGAAUCGUCAUGUUUUUUUGGGACUGGAUACCAGAAGACGGACAGGUCGUGUGUGUGAUCGUCUUUGGAGCCGUUUGCUACCUGCUGCUUCACCUCGCCAAAUACUUCUCUGGCCGAGGGAACAAGACGCUGACCAAGAAGGAGAAGAGGACGAUGGCUGAGUACAGCGAUUAUAUUCAGGAUGUCGUCAAGAGCAAAAAGGGCAAAUUAUACGACUGGUACCUGCAGCAGUGUGCAGCAGAAUAUGACCUUUGACCCCGGCGAGCUGAAGAGUAUUGUGAUAUUGUCACUGCCAACGCCGUCCUCUAAUAGCUGUGCCUAUUUUAGCCUCAAAUUUAAUCUCUCAGUCCAACGUAUUUUUAAUCCUUCGACUAAAAUUUUAUUCUUAUAAGAAAAGUGUUCUGUCGGAAGACGUCUGCCCUCUGCUCCCCCUCCAUGUGUUGUUUGUUAUAUUUAUGAAACUCUUUUCAUAUUGUCAUCGCAGAGAUGCCCAUGUGCGCUCCAAUGACUGAUCCCUGUUGUGUUGUUGAUGUUUACGUGACUCCAGGUCAGUCGUAAUCUGGACCAGCAUCCGACUGAUGUGGAUUUUAAUGGCUUCAGACUGUUAACUUAACCUGUGGCAUUGACAGAGUCCCAAAUAUUGUCACUCAACUUGCUGUUGUUUACUGUGAAAUGUGAACUAUUGAGCGAGGGGGCGCAGGGGAUCGUAACUGUCUGUGAACUGCACUGAACAUAACUAUCCUCGUUGUGUCAAUGAGUUUUGAAGUAUUCAUGAGUGAAAUAUCAACCAAAGCGCCAUGUAGUUUGUGAAGAACUGAUGAGGUUUUAAUAACACUCCUGUGACCUAAGUAAUGUGAAUGUUUGGUGCGAGUGAAACAUGACAGCAGGAUGACCACAGAGUGGUGACUAGCCUUCUCUCCUUGGUCCACAGUGGUCAGUCCCUAUGAAGAGUUUUCCGUUUUAUUUCUCAAGACACUGACUGCAUGCUGACCUCAGCACUAAUGGUUUGGUUAACCCUCUGGAUCCACUUCAAGCUGCAUCAACUGCACAUCCCUCCCUCCACCAUCUCUCAGGGUUCAAUUAUUCCUGUUCUCUUGGUGCACUCGUGAGCUUGCCUCAGGUGAGCACUGCACUUAUGACACUAUUUAUCGCACAGAGUAGCCUCGGCACCAUCUAACCAACAUAAGUCUGUCACAGUCAGAACGCUAACAACAGUCAGAAUAAAUUGUGACCAAUCGGAUAUAGUGAACCUCUCUUCUUCCAUAAAGUUACUCACUGUUCUUCAACAUAAAGAACAACAUACACUUCAAACCUCUCCAUUAGUUUGAGUGACAGUAGCUCUUCAUCUCUCAACCAUGGCAACUGACCACUGCUGAAGGAAACAGACAACAGUAGAUGGUCUAUGACCACUGCACACUUCAACUUGCUUUCUGAAGAUGGAUAUGGCAAAGUGGCUUUUAAGAAAUGCCUAAAAAAAUCAAUUUCUAAAAUUUUGAUUUGAUUUCUGAAACUAGGUGAAAUGUGAAUUUUAAGAAACUCAUGUUGACUGUUUUACAUGCAUCAUUUUUAAAAAUCCUGUUUCAUGUUCUUUUUCAAUGAG